CGCGGCGGUUUCGUUCGCGCGCAGAAUUGAGAAACAGAGAAGAAAUGGAAGAUCCGCUGAUAUCCUCGAUGCGUUUCUUCUCCGAUCAACAACUCUGCUACGCCGAUAUUCUCUCUCCUUCCGAGGUUCUACCGAGAAUCGAAGUCGCCGUGCUCAAUUUCCUCAGGAUCUUGACUUCUCCUUCUCCGGCAAUAUCAGAUCUUCCUUUGAUCGCUAGAAAUUCGAGAAAUGGCUAUGUUAGUCGAGGAAUUUUGACCGAAGUUUCUUGGAUUUUCCUCUCUCGCUCUUUUUGCACUAGAUCUCUGAUGCGAGCCAACGCUGCUAAAGCCUUUAUUAGAGUGUGGAAGGUGAUGGAGAUGUCGUAUAAGAUCUUAUCUCAAGAGAAGAGAGUCACACAGAGGGAGCUCUUCUACAAGUUGAUCUGCGAUUCCCCCGAUUACUUCUCAUCUCAGCUGGAAGUCAAUAGGACUAUCCAAGAUGUCGUCGCGUUGCUUCGGUGCAGCCGGUACAGUCUUGGAAUCAUGGCGUCCAGCAGAGGGCUUGUUGCUGGCCGUCUGUUGCUGCAAGAGCCAAAUCAAGAGGUUGUCGAUUGUUCUGUCUGUGGAUCUUCUGGGCAUGCUAUCUCUGGUGACUUGAAUCUUUUGGAUAAAUUGAUACUGAAGACAGACGCACGGUACAUCAUUGUGGUGGAAAAGCAUGCAAUAUUCCAGCGGCUGACAGAGGAUGGUUUCUUUAACCAAGUUCCAAGCAUUCUCAUCACAGCCAAAGGCUAUCCAGAUAUUGCCACAAGGUUGCUUCUUCAUCGAAUGAGCCGGGCUUUUCCCGAAUUGCCGAUUCUUGCAUUGGUUGACUGGAACCCAGCUGGAUUAGCUAUUUUAUGCACCUUCAAAUAUGGAAGUUUAGGGAUGGGCCUGGAGGCUUACGGAUACGCUUGCAAUGUGAAGUGGUUGGGACUUCGGAGAGAUGAUCUACAAUUCAUACUUGAAGAAUCUCUAGUUCCAUUGAAACCGAAGGACCUGCAAAUUGCUAAAAGCUUGAUGUCAUCGGAAAUCUUACCGGAGAAUUACAAAGAAGAGUUGACUUUCAUGGUUCAAAGUGGGCAAAGAGCUGAAAUCGAAGCUCUGUACUGUCAUGGGUAUGAUUUCUUGAGGAAGUUCAUGGCAAACAAAAUUGUACAGGCCAACUACAUCUAACAUCUCUCCUUACUGCCGAUUUUGACGGAACUCUGUUCUAACAAAAAGUGGAAAUAUGAACCUGGUGCUGGCAGUGGAAUAAUUGAAUCUUUUCAACCCACCAAAGGCAGGAGAGAGAAUCUUUUGAGUAUUUUUUUUCACACCCUAUCACAGAAUUGUCGAAAACAAAAAAGAAAAUAUUUUCAA